AUGAUUGUUGGUGUCAGCCAACAUCACGCCUUCUGUCUGGCCAUAGCUGCUUCAACAUCAAUUGAUCCCAGGCUGUCAGUGUCAACCCUGACCCAAGCCUUCUUUUUGCUGCUGGUCGAUGUUGGAGCCGCAAAUUUUUUUCUCCUGACGACGACGAUGAUGACAACACUCAAGGCUGUGACGCAAGCAACAAUAAGCCCGCGGGCGCAAUUCUCUGUGUUUCUGUGGAUCUGCUCACCGUUUCUUUUCCGUUCAAGCCCCCUUUUUCUUCACCAGCUGGCUUUCACGAUGGAGCAUAUGAUGUCGUCUCCGGCAAACCGGAGCAACCCCAGGGCUACACACAUAACGAUGUAA